GGGCGCUCCGGCCGGCUGGUCUGGCAGGUGUAGGGCGCCGGUAGGAGCUGGGCGCGCACGGUUACCGAGCGUGGAGGAGACACUGCCCUGCGGCGAUGGGUGCCAGGGGCGCUCCUUCACGCCGGAGGCAGGCGGGGCGGCGGCUGCGGUACCUGCCCACCGGGAGCUUUCCCUUUCUUCUCCUCCUGCUGCUCCUGUGCAUUCAGCUCGGGGGAGGACAGAAGAAAAAGGAGAAUCUUUUAGCUGAAAAAGUAGAACAACUGAUGGAAUGGAGUUCUCGGCGCUCAAUCUUCCGAAUGAAUGGUGAUAAAUUCCGAAAGUUUAUAAAGGCGCCACCUCGAAACUACUCUAUGAUUGUCAUGUUCACCGCUCUUCAGCCUCAGCGGCAGUGCUCUGUGUGCAGACAAGCUAAUGAAGAAUAUCAAAUACUGGCUAAUUCCUGGCGCUAUUCAUCUGCCUUUUGUAACAAACUCUUCUUCAGUAUGGUGGACUAUGAUGAGGGGACAGAUGUUUUUCAACAGCUCAACAUGAACUCUGCUCCUACGUUCAUGCAUUUUCCUCCAAAAGGCAGACCUAAGAGAGCUGAUACUUUUGACCUUCAAAGAAUUGGAUUUGCAGCUGAACAACUAGCGAAGUGGAUUGCUGACAGAACGGAUGUUCAUAUUCGCGUCUUCAGACCACCUAAUUACUCUGGCACCAUUGCUUUGGCCCUCUUAGUGUCACUUGUCGGUGGUUUGCUCUAUUUAAGGAGGAACAACCUGGAGUUCAUCUAUAACAAGACUGGUUGGGCCAUGGUGUCACUGUGUAUAGUCUUUGCUAUGACUUCUGGUCAGAUGUGGAAUCAUAUCCGUGGACCUCCAUAUGCUCAUAAGAACCCACACAAUGGACAAGUGAGCUACAUCCACGGGAGCAGCCAGGCGCAGUUCGUGGCGGAGUCACACAUCAUCCUGGUGCUGAAUGCUGCUAUCACCAUGGGGAUGGUUCUUCUAAAUGAAGCGGCCACGUCCAAAGGAGAUGUUGGAAAAAGACGGAUAAUUUGCCUAGUGGGAUUAGGCCUGGUGGUCUUCUUCUUCAGUUUCCUACUUUCAAUAUUUCGCUCCAAGUACCACGGCUAUCCAUAUAGCUUUUUAAUUAAAUGAAGCCAAGUGGGAGUUCCAUAAAGUGAAGGUUUACCAUGAAGAUAAAGUGUUCAUGACACACUAUGAAUUCUUCGGUUCAUUCCCAUGUCGAUUGUGAUAUUCUAGCUUAUUGUUGUAUAAUUUUUUAAAUGUGAGAUUUCCUAGUCAAUUUAAUUUAUAGAAAUGGAUGUUUUAAAUGUAAUAUCAGCACUGGAAAGAACAAAGGAAACAUUGAUGCAUUUUUCAAGCAUAUCAUAUUCAGUGUGUGCUAUAGGAUUGAAAUAAAUGACAAUAUCAAUUCAUGCUUUAGAAUUGUUCAUUUAUAAGUAAAGAAAACCACAAUGUCAGUAAGGAAAAACUAAGAAAUGUAUGUUAAUAAAUUCCUAGGGCUGUACAGAGAUAAUGUAUAUGCAUGAAAAUAUGUCAUGUUCUCAGAAAUUGUAUUCAUUGCGGUGUCAGUGUAAAGGCCAUGUGUGUUCGCAGUUAGUGUUUCGGUCUUACAAAUCAUAACUAGAUAAAGGUGUAUAGGACAGGGAGCUGGCUGAAUAGUACCUGCAGCUUGGAUACCUAACCAGGGAAAGGGAGAUUUUUUUCCAGUUUAUAAAUCUACAGCAAACAUGACUAAAUCAAUGUGCCUCAAAGGCAUCAGGCAAUGAAAAUGGUACCCCAGAACAAGGAAUUAAUUCCUCUCCAGCUUUGGAAGUGCCACCCAAGAAUCCAGACUUAACAACCUACCAACCACAAAACUAGCUCACCACGGCCAUUUUUCCUGGCAUUCUAUGGAAGAAGCUUGCCGUUCCUAAUUCGAAUGAGUGACGCAGUGAAGCUUUCUUGAACACCAAAUACAGGAGUCUAACCAUUAUUAUGUUUGCAUAUCCUGUUUCUGUUUAUAAAGCACUUUGGCAUAUGUUAUGGUAUUUUUUUCUUCACAACAAUCCUGUAAAUUAGACAGGAAAUGUAAAUUUUGUCUGACAAAUAAGCACUAUAAGCUAAAAACCAAAAAGAAUUAAACAGUAGAGCUUGUAGCUAGGCUUUUAAACUCUCAAACCUGAAUUUUUAUUUCUGUGGUGCUACCCGAAGAAGGCUUGAGAAACAGUCAGUUCAGUAAGCUUUUUGUUUCUCCUCUUAUAGCUUUGUUACCUAACUUUCAUUAGGAACCAAAUAAUAGACCAUGAAC